AACGUUGAUUACAGCGGGCCCAUCACGUUCCCCGCUGUAAACUACAACACCACAGCCGAAUAAACAUCAACGCGAUAGCACCGGCGAUAUAUGACGACACAAUCGCUGCAAGAGCCGAAACCUACGAGAAAACAACUGCAAAUCUGAUCCUCGAUAGAAUUGACGCGUAAAUACUGGUUUAAUUCUUAUACUCUCGGUCUGCUGUGUUGCUCACGCGCCAGCACCCUCUCCACACAUCAUGGCUUCACAUAUUCUAUCCCACCUCGAGCAAAUAGCUUAUUCCUGCGAAGGUAUCGACUCUCUUCACUUCUCUGCCCCGAAAAUCUUUGCAAACUCUCUUCUCGCAAACCACGACAUUACAUCUCUCAUCCGCGAUACCGAAGCACACGAACGAGCCCUCUUUUCCGUACCACCGCCACCACCACCUACAGCACAAAAGCCUGCAGUCCGGAGCGCCAAUAAGAAUGAGCGAUCAGAAGAUGCCGAGGCCGAACGACCUAAGAAGCGCCGCCAAACUGUCUUCAACGUCUCAUCUGGUGAAGUGACAACUGGCGCGCCGACAACACGCGGUGGCGCGUCCAACCCUCGAAAGCACACGGCAGUUGCAGCAGUAUUAGGCGGAGAAAUGCACGAGCAACUGCGCAGAGGUGAAAUGGACCGAAAGGGAGACGUCGACGUGGAAAUUCUGCUCAAAGGCGCAGAGAAGCUCUGCGGCGUCUACGAUUUACCAGGAGCCAAAGAGCGCAUAGCCACGCUGCGGGCGAAGCACAGAAAUGGCUCCAACACAAUGGCGUACUACGAUGCUAAGGUGGCAGAGCAGUCUGAAGAGCUGGCCAGCAUGAACAAGGGCUUUAUGGACGAAGAGGAGCCAGAAGAGGAGCCAGAAGACGACGGUGAGGAGAUCUGGACCGAGGAAGAUCUGAAGAGGGAAGAAGCAGAAAGCAGGGAGCUUGAAACAAGGAAAAGAGACUUGCAAGUCAGGUUGCGGGCCAUGGAGAAGGACCUCGGAGGGCUGAUGAGGAUGUAAAGGCACCUUUUUGGCACUAUAACGCUUGUAUGAAAUACCCCAUGUACGGUUAGGUGGUGGCGUAACACGUUUAUAUACAUGUAUGAAAACAA